CAUGCUCCCUCCCCCCCCCAGGCCUGCCAUUCCCUGGCAGCCCGGAAACGCAAAUUCCAGCCCCGCGCGCUGCGACGGCUGAUUAACUUCUCAUGUUGAAACCCGAAGGCGCAUGGGGGAAGGAUCGACGGCGCGGGGACCUCGUUUGUCUGCACAGGGGCCUUGCAACGUCAGGUCUUUUGAGCGACUCCCCCCUCCCCAGCUGCUGUGACCCAAACCUCCCACCCUUGUCCCAACCGGACGCCUGCAGCAUGAGCGUCGCACCCCCCAGGGAGGGGGCGCCAGCCCUGCGCUUUCCCUGAGCCUCCCCACUGCGGAGCCAUGGAGCAGCGGGGCCGGGAGCCCCCCAGGGGUGCGGGGCUCUGGGCUGGGAUCGCGCCGAAGAGACCCUGCUCCUGGUAGGAGUCGCCCAGCGCCCGGUGGGGGCAGGAAGGGGCCUCGGCUGCAGGAGGGUCAUGAAUCGAGCCCAGGGCUGGCUCUGCGGGGAACUGGCCCCCCCACGCUGCAGGAGACGCUGACACUGCAGGUCCCCGUGGUGAUGCUCUUUCGGCUCCAGGCUAUGGUCACCUCGUUCCUUUGCGCCCUCCAUGCCGUGCCGCUCCGUCUCCCCUCCCCCGCCGCCCCGGACGCCGGGGUCCCCUGGGCCGCACCGCCCUCCUCCCCGGGCGACUGGGAGCUGUCGUCCCCCCGCGUGGCCCUGGCCAGCCGAGCCCCCGCCGGGCCCCCCUUGCUGCUGCUCCUGGAGGAGGAGCCGGGCGUGCAGGCGGGGCCGGCCAACGGGACGCGCCGGGCGCGGCGGGCCGGGGGGCCGGAGGCGGCCCGCCGGGGCGAGAUGUCCGUGUGUGACAGCGUCAGCCUGUGGGUGACGGACAAGCGCACGGCCGUGGACAUCCGGGGCAAGGCGGUGUCGGUGCUGUCCGAGGUGCAGACGCUCACCGGGCCGCUCAAGCAGUAUUUCUUCGAGACCAAGUGCAACCCGGCGGGCGGGACGGCGGGCGGGUGCCGGGGCGUGGACCGGCGCCACUGGCUCUCCGAGUGCAAGGCCAAGCAGUCGUACGUGCGGGCCCUGACCGCCGACGCCGACAAGCUGGUGGGCUGGCGCUGGAUCCGCAUCGACACGGCCUGCGUCUGCACCCUGCUGAGCCGCGCCGGGCGGACAUAGCCGGGGGGGGGCUGGAGGGAUGGAGCCCCCGGCCCCCGCCCCGCUGGGCUCUGCUUGGGAACCCGAGCGACUCAGACACUGGCACUCACAUGGACGCUGUGGGUCAGCCUGGGGGCUGGGGGCCAGGCUCAGAGGCUGAGCUGUGGGGCUGGGGGCCGUGGGUCAGCCCUGGGGGCCAGGCUCAGAGGCUGAGCUGUGGAGCUGGAGGCUGUGGGCGCCGUGGGUCAGCCCAGGAUCUGGGGGCCAGGCUUGGAGACUGAGCAGUGGGGCUGGGAGCCGUGGGUCAGCCCUGGCGGCUGGGGGCCAGGCUCGGAGACUGAGCUGUGGGGCUGGAGGCUGUGGGCACCAUGGGUCAGCCCAGGGGCUGAGGACUGUGGCCUCCAGGGGGUUUCUGCCUUUUGUGACUGUUCGCUGUUUCUUCCCAUAUUUAUUACCCCCCUCUCCCCGGUUCUGAUCCAACUCCGCCCCCCCCUGAAUUAAAUUAUUCCCUGACAUCCCC